UUCAAGAAUCUGUGCUCUCUUUUACCCUUUUCUACUUACCAAUGGCUUCGAUACUCGCGUUAAAUUUACACGCUCUUGGAUUCUUCAAUUUGAACCCUAACUAACGCUCUCCAUUUCUAAUUUCUCGAUCAAAUAAUCUGCUGCUUUACUUUUUCCAGGGUUAUCUAACCUGCGAGAUUCAGGGUUGGAUAGAUUGAUGUUGCUUGGGAGUUGAAUAAGCAGAGACUGAUACUUUACUAUGGGAUUUGAUAACGAGUGCAUACCUGAUAUUCAAUCUCUUGCCGGAGAGUAUUUUUGUCCGGUCUGUCGUCUUCUUGUGUACCCAAACGAAGCAUUACAAUCACAAUGUACUCACUUGUACUGCAAACCGUGUUUGACGUAUGUUGUGAGCACUACCCGAGCUUGCCCCUAUGACGGCUACUUAGUGACAGAAGCAGAUUCCAAGCCGCUUAUUGAAUCGAAUAAAACGCUUGCUGAAACCAUUGGCAAGAUAACAGUCCAUUGUUUGUAUCAUAGGAGUGGGUGCCCGUGGCAGGGUACUCUAUCCGAUUGCACAUCUCAUUGCUCAGGAUGCGCCUUUGGUAAUUCUCCUGUAGUUUGCAACAGGUGUGGAACUCAAAUUGUGCAUAGACAAGUGCAGGAACAUGCUCAAAACUGUCCAGGUGUGCAGCCUCAACCACAACCUGCCGAGGGUGCUCAGGAUGCAACGAGCACAGGUAUGCCAACUACUGGUAAUCAAGGUCAGGCUGCCAUUCGAACAGGAACAUCUACUUCACAGGCUCAAACUUCUACGACCUCAACACCUGCAAAAGAUACCAUCCAGCAAAUCAGCACAACUACCCAGGCCCAGACUUCAGUACAGGCUGAUGUACCCACUGCAGAACAGUGGUAUCAACAGCAGCCGCAAUAUCAACAAUACUACCAGCAGUAUCCUGGAUAUGACCCAUACCAACAGCAUUAUCAGCAAUACUACCCGUAUCAACAGCAAGCAGUCUCACAAUACCAGCAACCACAGGUGAGCAUGCAUGCUCAGGCCCCCCAACCCCUGCCCCAGCCCCAACCCCAACCUCAGGUACCCAUUAAUACUCUACCUCAGAACCUUGCUCAAGUGAAUCCACAGCAACUAACUCACCAUACAGUUCAGCAACAAUCUCUGACCCAACUGCCGGCAAAUCCACCAGCCCAGGGUUAUCCACCUCCUCAGGCUCAGUCCAAUACACAGCCCCACCCUGCUCAGCCUCUUCCACAACAUGUGCCUCAAUAUCAACAGCCUCCCUCGCAGAUGCUGCAUCCACAGCCCCAAAUUCAAGCACAGGUUAAUUCUCAGCUUCACCCUCAAAAGAAUCCUGUUCCUCAAUCUCAUGUACAAGCUCAGUCACAAACUCCGCUGCCUGUUCUCCAGCCCCUGGCUCCUCAACCCAACCAGACUGUAAAUCCUAAUCCUCAGCCUCAGCCUCAGCCUCAGCCUCAGCCUCAACAUUAUCCAUUCCAUGCAGUGACAGGCCAUCACUCUUAUCUACAGCCCCAGAUUCACCAACAAAUGCCGCUGGGAGCCCCCCAACAUCCUCGAGGUGGACCGCAAUCUCAGUCACAACAGCCUGUUCAAAUGCAGAGUCAGUUCAUUCAACAACCACCUUUAUUGCCUCCACCACAAUCUCAUGCUGCAUUUCAAAACCCGCAACAACCAGGUUUGCUGCCUUCACCUGUUCAAGUCCCAAGUAUUCCUCCUGCACAACAGCAGCCGGUUCAUUCUCAUGCAGAUCAACCUGGGCUUCCUGUUCAACAACGCCCUGUCAUGCAGCCAAUUGUGCAACCAAUGAAUCAGCAAUAUGUACAGCACCAGCAGCCUUUUCCUGGACAACCCUGGGGUGCAGUUCACAAUCAAAUGCAUCAUCAAGGUCUGUAUGGGCAGCAGCAUCCACAGACUCAGUUACAUCCUCAUGGACCGGUCCAGUCAUUCCAACAACCUUCUCAUGCCUAUCCACAUCCACAACAAAAUGUUCCAUUGCCGCGUGGUGCACAUCCUCAUCAAGCCCAAAGCCUUGCAGUAGGGACUGGAGUUUCACCUCAUGGAGUGCUAUCAGUGCAGUCAUAUCCACAAUCUACUGCUGUCAUGCAGGCCCGACCGGUUCAGAUUGGUGCAAACCAGCAAUCUGGAAAUAUUCUAAAGACAAACAACCAAGUUGAAUUUUCUUCUGAACAACAGGCAUGGGUUGCUUCAAGACCGAUUUCAGAAAGACAAGGUGAUAUUGAGAAAGGUGCUGAAGGUGAAUCAUCUGCUCAUAACACUAUUAAAAAGGAAUUAAAUGAGUUGGAUGCUGGUCUUGGAGCUAGUGCAAGUGAGAUGAAAACCAUAAAAUCUGAAAGUGACUUGAAGCAAGUGGAUGACGAGAAUAAACCCACAGGUGAAGCCAAGGAUAUUCCAGGAGCGCCUGCAGCAGCAAAUGGAGAGCCUUCAAUUAAGCAGGUGAAAGAAGAUCAUAGAGAUGUUACUGAUAAGCAGAAAGAUAUUUCUAAUGCUGACCAAAAAAAGGUGGAGCUCUCUUUGUCAGAAUACAUGGAUGGUAAGGAUGGACUUUCGCUGGAAACUGCCCCAUCACACCUUGAAGAGCAAAGUAAGAAAUCGCAGAAGGACAAAACUCCGACUUCUCAAGGUUUUGGAGGCUUCCCUCCAAAUGGGCACAUGCAAUCCCAACCAGUUUCAGUUGUUGACCAGGGAAAGCUGCACCCUCUUCCAAUUCACCAGGGGCCUGCUGCUCUUCAACAAAGGCCAGUUGGGCCUUCGUGGCUUCAAGCUCCUCAUGGACCUCCACAUCACAUGCAAUUGCCUGGCCAUCCUCCAUCUCAUCAUGGGCGUUUGCCUCCUGGACACAUGCCAAGUCAUUAUGGUCCUCCUCAAGGGCCUUAUACUCAUGCACCCACAUCUCAAGGUGAGCGAACAUCUUCAUAUGUCCAUGAAACUUCGAUGUUUGGAAAUCAGAGGCCCAGCUAUCCAGGUGGUAGACAAGGCAUACUUUCAAAUGCAGUGGGAACGAAUGGGGCCCAAGACCCCAAUUCAGAUAGGUUCAGGUCUUUCCCAGAUGAGCAUUUGAAUCCCUUUCCACAUGACCCUGCACGUCGCAAUGCUCAUCAAGGAGAGUUUGAAGAAGAUCUGAAGCAUUUCACUGCACCCUCCUGUUUGGACACGAAACCAGUUCCAAAAUCUGGCGGUCACUUUUCCUCAUCUAGGCCUCUUGAUAGGGGUCCUCAUGGUUUUGGUGUGGAUGGAGCACCAAAACAUCUUGACAAGGGAUCCCAUGGUUUGAAUUAUGAUUCAGGGUUGAACGUGGAACCUCUGGGUGGCUCUGCUCCUCCAAGAUUCUUUCCUCCCAUCCAUCAUGAUAGAACAUUGCAUCGCAGUGAAGCAGAAGGAUCAUUAGGUUUUCAUGACAAUCUAGCCGGCCGAACAGAUUUUGCUCGAACUCGUCCUGGUUUACUUGGGCCCCCAAUGCCUGGAUAUGAUCACCGUGAUAUGGAUAAUUUGGCUCCAAGAAGUCCAGGUAGGGAUUACCCUGGCAUGUCUAUGCAGAGAUUCGGUGCCCUUCCAGGCCUAGAUGAUAUUGAUGGCAGAGCUCCGCAACGGUCUAGUGAUCCAAUAACUAGUUCUCUUCAUGAUAGUAGGUUUCCACUUUUUCCUAGCCAUUUGCGCAGGGGUGAGCUUAAUGGUCCUGGUAAUUUUCACAUGGGUGAGCAUUUGAGUGGUGAUCUAAUGGGUCAUGAUGGUUGGCCAGCCCAUUUGCGAAGGGGUGAACGUUUGGGUCCUCGUAACCCGCCUAGUCAUUUGCGGUUGGGAGAGCGAGGUGGCUUUGGUUCUUUCCCUGGUCAUGCACGGAUGGGAGAAUUGGCUGGGCCUGGGAACUUGUAUCAUCAACAACUUGGUGAGCCUGGAUUUAGAAGCAGCUUUGGUGGAAGCUAUGCAGGUGAUUUGCAGUAUUCUGAAAACUCUAGAAAGAGGAAAUCAAGCAUGGGAUGGUGUCGUAUCUGUAAAGUUGACUGUGAAACAUUUGAAGGCUUGGACUUGCAUUCACAGACUAGGGAGCACCAAAAGAUGGCUAUGGACAUGGUUGUAACCAUUAAGCAGAAUGUGAAGAAGCACAAAUCAGCUCCCAGUGAUCAUUCCUCACUUGAAGAUACAAGCAAGCUAAGGAAUGCCAGUUUUGAGGGACGGGGGAAUAAGCAUUGAGUCAUGGUGGUGCCUGGAAAUUUGAAUUGCAUUGGACUCAUUGCAGUUGAUUUUGUUCUUUUGGUAUUUUAAACUUGGCGACAGUGGUGAUUCAACCUUCCAUUGCCCAUUUUCUGCUUUCCCAUUGGUUUAUGCCAGUCUUGUCAUUUCAGGUUGCUGCCUCAUUAAAGAAGAGUUUUCAGACCUGAAGUUCAGUGGCAGUUAAGUUUGUUGGUUUUUGUUAAUGAAAUCUUCAUUUUAGAAAUGGGCUAGUUAUAUGUUACAUUAUCUUUAGUUAUCUAUUUGAAAUCCAGUCUGAUCUUAUUAGUUCAUUGUGCAUGUGUUGGUUACCUUCAGUUGUUUGAGAUGGAAUUUUCUUAGGAUGUUUUGAAUUGUACCUCUAAUCAUUGCGAUCCCUGAAUAUCUGAGUUGAUCUUGUUGCUAUUGCUCAAUUCAUAACUCCACCCAACUAAUUCUAAAGGUCAGCUAAAUUGGGUAUUUAACUAGGUUUGUGGUACUGAAACAUGUAUUGUAUCCAACUUGUGUUUUUGGAAUCAAAACUUCCAUAGAUUGCUUGUAGAACCCAGCUUUUGAGGAAAGGCACUAGCACUGUUGCCAGAUGAGGUUUUCUUCCUUGUCUAAUGUUCUGGGUUUUAGUUAGUUUUUGAUGGUGCCAUGCAAUUCUAUCGAACUCAAAUAUUGUAGCCUCAACUCUUUUGACAGGGAAUGACCACUCUACUGAACUUCUCCAAAGGUGGCAGCAAAAUUACAAUAGGUUGUUUGUAGCUCAAACUUCAUUGUUAAUGGCACUAGCAAGACAUUUGACAUCUCUUUUUUGUUCAAGCAAAUCAUUUAGUCCUGAAAUUUUAAGAUUUAAUAAAGUUUUUGAUGCUUAUAUCUGAUGAAGUUUCAAUUUAGCACUUGAUAACUUACUUCUAUAGGACUGCAAUAGUUUCUUAACUACUUUGGAGAUAAUUUUGGAUGUUUGUAGCUGAUCAAACUCUAGCCUUUCUCUCUUCAUGCUAAUUAAUGUCAUGUUCUGUGCUGUAGACAUCCUUACUUGUCCUCAUCUCUUGUUGUUGCAAGAAUGUUGAAUAUUCUUUUCUUGGCCAACCAGCUCAUUUAACCUUUUUCCCUGUUUGAUUUAUAUAUUCCAUCUUUUAAUGUCUAUAUGGAUGAACCUGGAACUUCAUUAGGUUCUUAACGAAGGAGAUUGUUUCUUAUGUCAUACUGAAAUUAGAACUACAUAACAAUACUUGAUAAUUGUUUUGUGCCAUUUAAUUUAUGAUUGAUAUGGUUGGUCAAUCUUUAUGUUGGCCACUGAAUGAUUAUGUUUUACUUAUACUUUAAGUUGGAAUGGUGCAAGUAUUUCCACUUGAUUCUCAAUAUCGAAAGAAUAAAGCUUGAAAAUUACGCAUUAUUAAGAAUAGGUGUCGUUAAUUCAUGGCCAAUUUUUGCUAACAAUUGCAGCAUAAUUUUCUGAGAUGCAAGUGUGUUCUGCAUGGAUAAAAUUAGUAAAGAUUCAAGGGAAUUGAAGUGGAUUUUGAAAUUCUUAGCAAAUUUAGGAAAUCGAAUUAGUGUUUUGAGUUUCAUAGGCAAGUCCUGAAUCAAAUUUUGUUUGAUAGUUUGUAUUAUCUGAGAAGAUAUGUGCACUGACCUCUUGGAAGCUAAUAUGUAUUUAAUUAAGAAGAGCUGUGAUACAUGGAUUUAUAUAAAAGGAAGGGAUGGUUGUGCUGUGUGGAGAUAACUUCAUAUUUUUGGUACGUGAAUGGUGUGAUGGUUUCUUGGUUAGAAGGUAGCAAGUUGAAGCAAUGGCUACUAGUGCUGUCUUUUUCUCCAUUUCUUGGGUGGUUUCAACCACAUCUUUUAUAUUUGAUACUGUUAGUGCCUUAAAUAAAGGAUAAUAUAUCCCACCGACCAUGCUGUCAGAGAUUCCAUUUCUUCCAGCUGGUGACUAAAUUUCUUAACAGAUUUUGUGUUUUAUUGAAUGAAAAUGCUGCUUCCUAGUAGCUCUAUUGAUGAAAUUCUAGUAGUGCUGUUUAUUUUGGUAGCACGAGGCAUUGCAUAAUGUGGCCUCAAUUCAUUGACUCUGAUAGGUUGAUUUUUAUUUUCUGGUGAAAUUUUUAUAAUAGAUAUUUUCAAUUCAACCUGUCUUUUUGGGCGAAGCAUACAACAAAAAGACUGAAAGUUCAGCGGAAAGGUUUACUCAGCGUCAUUUAUAUAUGUGGUGAGGUUUUGUUCAUCAAACAGAUGUAAGUUGCAAACUUUUGCUUGUUAGUAUUGAUGAUUUGAAUUUUCUUUAUCACCGAAUUAGAAAUUUUUAUGUAGAUUUUUCACCCUCUUAAUGAUAAAGCAUUUGAUUGUUGAAACUGGCAAGGAUAGCCAUCCUGAUCUUAGGAAACCAAGAGGCUUAGAAAACUUAUCUGCAAGGUACAAGUUGGCUAGCUGAUUUUAGAAAAACUAAGAGGUUCCUAGAAUUCUUUAUUGGCUGAUUUCCAUAUCAUCCACCAGGUGUCUUUGGCGUUUUUAUAAGGAAAUCAGAUUUGCUCAUUUCUUCUUCUCUUUCUUGGGGUGGCAGGGGGGGAGAUGAAUCCGUUGUACAUUAUUCAUCAGUUAGUGACUUCAAUGUGUUGCCUUUCACCUGAGCUUGUGAUUAAAGGAAAGAAAUUGAGUGAGUUAUAAUGUACCUUCUGAUAUUCCUCAAAAAAAGCUCCAGACAAAACUUAGAACAAUUGGUAAUGGUAUUCUCUUUCUACAAAGCAAAAUCAUGUAAAAUAUCUUGAAGCACACUUGGGUAGAGAACAAUGUUGAAAUUUAUUUAGGGACAACCACUUUCAAAGACAAUCAAAGCGGUUUCGGUUUCUUUUGGCGCUUUAAGAUGUUUCAAUUUCUGCAUAGAGUGGGCACGUGCAUAAACAAAGCACUGUCCUCUACAUUAUAGUGGCAUUUAUGGGUGGUGGUUAUUAGGCGAAAGUUGGAUAGUAUGAGAGGAUGCUUGUAGACUUAGGGUGACUUUUCAUGAAAGGUUUCCUACAAAGUUUCUGGGAUAAGAAAAGGGUUUAUUCAUGACUUUGAACAUUGAAUAGAACACCAUGUACCCUGUAGGCCCUUGUAAUCACCUGAAUGUAGUGAAGGUUUGUGUUGUCUCAUUAGGUCUUUUAUAGUUUGAACUGCUGGAUGCACCUCUGAAAGUUAGCUGCUAGGCGUUGGCAUUGUUUUUAAAUUUAAAAUCACAAGUAUUGCCGAAACUCCAUGGCCAAGGAAUUACAUCUUUGAGCUAUCAAGUAUCAACCCAGUGUUUGAAUUGUCUAAGUUGUGAAAAAGAAAAAGGAACGACUUGAGGUCGUGCCCUUUUAAAGGGCAUCUUAAGAAGGUUAGUGCUCGAAAUGGGGAUCCCAAGUUGCGCUUGGGGUUAUCGUUUAUUGCAUGUUACGUUUCUUUUUAGUCAUUUCUCUAUAAUCUAUCGUGGAAUUUUGAUUUUAAUUUAUAGAGCUAACCUCGCAUCAAGUGUGCUUGUCUCUAUGCAAGGAACAGGGGAUGGCCUCUUCUCUGGAAAAGAAGCCUCUCGUCGUGGUACUUGUGGUUUUCUUAUAUACACACCCUUUUAUGGCAAAAUGUUGUUAAUUUUCCAGUUGUUUUGCGUGGAAAGUGAACCGAAACAUGUGAAAUCAUGUGGAAACUUGGGAUUGAUUAAUAUUUGUUCUUUCUGGUGGGUUUUUA